AUGCUCUGGGCUGCCAGGGAGGACCAGAAUGGAGGCCCUGACCUCUUGUGGUCACUGAGGAACUGGGAACGCUCUUGGGGUGCAUUCUCCGAAGUUGUUUUGGCUGAAGAGAGAGCGAGUGGGAAACUCUUUGCGGUCAAGUGCAUUCCCAAGAAGGCACUGAAGGGAAAGGAAAGCAGCAUAGAGAAUGAAAUUGCAGUUCUGAGAAAGAUCAAGCAUGAAAAUAUAGUUGCCCUGGAAGACAUCUAUGAGAGUCCUAACCAUUUAUAUCUGGUCAUGCAAUUAGUGUCUGGUGGAGAGCUUUUCGACCGCAUCGUCGAGAAAGGUUUCUACACCGAGAAGGAUGCCAGCACCCUGAUCCGGCAGGUCCUGGAUGCCGUCUACUACCUGCACCAAAUGGGCAUCGUGCACAGGGACCUCAAGCCUGAGAACCUGCUUUACUACAGCCAGGAUGAAGAGUCAAAAAUCAUGAUCAGUGACUUUGGAUUGUCAAAGAUGGAGGGUAAAGGAGAUGUGAUGUCCACAGCCUGCGGGACUCCUGGCUACGUUGCUCCUGAAGUGCUGGCCCAGAAACCCUACAGCAAAGCCGUGGACUGCUGGUCCAUUGGGGUCAUCGCAUACAUCCUGCUCUGUGGGUAUCCCCCUUUCUAUGAUGAAAAUGACUCCAAACUCUUUGAGCAGAUCCUUAAGGCGGAGUAUGAGUUUGACUCUCCAUAUUGGGAUGACAUCUCCGAGUCUGCUAAAGACUUCAUUCGGAAUUUGAUGGAGAAGGACCCUAAUAAAAGAUACACCUGUGAGCAAGCAGCACGGCACCCUUGGAUCGCUGGUGAUACAGCGCUCAACAAAAACAUCCACGAGUCGGUCAGCGCUCAGAUCCGGAAGAACUUUGCAAAAAGCAAAUGGAGACAAGCGUUUAAUGCCACAGCAGUCGUGCGACACAUGAGACGGUUACACCUCGGCAGCAGCCUGGACAGUGCGAGCGCCAGCGUGUCGAGCACCCUCAGCCUCGCUGCGCCACUUCCCGACACAGGCACACGGAAAGAUUGUAUGUCUCCAUCCACUCUCUGUAGUUUUGUUUCAUCUGCUUCUUCAGGCGUUUCUGCUGUAGGAGGGGACCGAAGACCCAGACCCACCACAGUGACCACAGUGCACACAGGGAGCAAGUGAGAGCCGGGGCGGCGUGGAGCGGGCAGGCGGCUGGGCUGGCAGGGUUUUUCUGCGCAAUCCCACCCUGCAGUGCACACUCAGCGAAGGACUAGAAGAAAGAAGAUUUUUUAUGGCCAUAUUUUAUACUGCAAUUCUGAAAUGUUUCAUUUAUCACAAACUGCAAUGACUCCAGGGGGAAUGAAUCUAACAGUCUCUGGUGCUGUACAUAUAUAUACAUAUAUAUAAAUAUAUAUAUAUAUGUGAGUCUAGCAAUGUUCUAACUAAUGAACACUCAUUCUUUUCCCCAGUGAAUUACUCUUUUCUCAGUGUAGGUAACAGUAUAUGUUGUAUUUUUUUUCCAUUAACUAUGAACAUCUCAACUGGAUUAUUUAAAUAGAGAUACUUUUCUGAGCAUUAUUUUUUUUUCUUUUAAAAAUUACUUCCAGUAAUGUCCCUCCUUCCAGUUUGCUGGGGGAUAGGCUAUUUCUGUAGGUAGGAAUCGACGUUAACUUUGCAACACAGGAGGAUUUCAAUAGCAUGCCAUUUCUCGCUCCUCAAAUUGGACUGCAAGUCUGCCUGGCUUUAGCAGAGCCGUUACUGCUCAGAUUAAGAAACUGCUGCUUUCCCUCCCCUCCUCCUCCUUGAAAGCCAUGGCAAGAGUUAAAUUGCCACCAGCUGGGAGUCAGCUCACCCUUGGCCUUAUUCCUGUAGUGCUGGGGAUCUGCAGCACCCUUGUUUCAGAGGAGAGGCAGGUACACGGUGCUGGUCAGGAGCCAACCAGAGCUGAGCAAAUGAAAUGAAAGAGCACGGUCUCAUCCUGCAGCUCUUAUCUCCUUCGAGUCGCUGUGUGUUACAGGCAGAGUGAAAGGAAAGGAAGACGCAGGGCCGGGAGUCAUAGUCCUCCUCUGGCACUGACUCGCUGUGCUGCCCUCGAGCAAGACAUUUAAUCCACCAGCCUGGUGAAUUCACCUGGCCUCUGGCACGGGGCGCAUCCAGCCCCAGGGGUCCGUGCCAAGAUGCUGAGCACCUGCAGCUUCUCAGGGCUUUGCCUGGCGUUGCUGAUGCUCAGCACCUCCCAGAGUGUCCAAAACCGAGUAUUGGAAACAAGUAGAAAAGUUUGGGCCUUAAUCUCUGCGUGCCUGGGUUUCACCCCCAGGGAGAGGGGUGAUGUGUGCACCCCUCUGUGAAGCACUGGCAGGUUCUUGGGUGCAAAGUGCAGGAUCUGGUGUAGUGUUGCUCCAUCACGCUUAGCUCUGGCAGAGGGCUGGCGAGGAACACUGAGCUAGAAAGGUGGGGCCUCGCCAAAAAGCACAGGCACACGCAGGGGCAGUGGUAGCACUGCCUCCCUUCCCCUCCUCCCCAGAAGCUCAUGUACAAAAGCAAACUCAAUUUCCCCAUUUCUUUAAUUACUAAAUACAUGCCCUUCCCAAGUGCCGUGUGCUGGUGCAUCAUUUGGCACAACAGCCACCAUGACUGUUGUGCAGCCGUGCAUUAAAGCAGCUUGAACAGAGAGAAGAGCAAAUCUGCCCAGAUUUGCUGAAGGGCUCCAGGUCACUUCUACGCCAUCCCCAGCUGUGAUUUUCCUUCGAGAAGGAGAGAAGGGAGGCGGGCGGCAGAGGCAGGCACCCUUCCCUGGCCGCUGCGAGCCUCUCGCAUCCCAAACAGGUCCAUCCCCAGCCAGAGGCAGAAGCCAUUCCCCACAGCGUGAUCUAUUGCCAUGCUCGCCUCAUUUAUCCUGCACAAGAAAUUGUGAAAGCCAGUCACAGACACAGCUGAAUGUAUCAGGCAAUAGUGACCGUGCUGGGAAAAACCGUAAGAUAUGUAUUUUUCAUUGAGACUUCAAAAUCCUGCUUCAGCUUCAGUCAGUUGGCUUCAACUGUCGGAGCCAGGAUUUCAUCCAUCAUACUUUGAGUGCUAAAAGCUGGAAAGCAGGUGGCAGUGAGCGCUGACUCUGUUUGAAAUAGCCACUCCUUUGGUGGCACUUAAAGCUGGUGCACCCGAUAAAUCUCUAGUUUCCUCGAUAUUAAGCUGCCUCCCAUUUUCGGAGGGCUGUGGCACAUCUGAGUGAGGUCCUGGGACCCCCCAGUGCCCCCCAUCGUGUUGCAGCUGGCAUGGAUGCUCAUGCAGAAAGGCUUCAACUUCUCAUUUUAGGAAAGAUGCCAGAUAUUGGUCUCUUGGGGGUUGGUAGCAAAGCUCCAUAUAAUUUCCCUGGUGAGGACUUGUGACCGAGAUUUGGGCAGACCAAAGGGCAGGGAAUCUCCUUGCUGCAAGUCAUGCUUCUGUCCCCAUCCCCUGGCCAUUGCCAACAUAUAUUCCCGCCCCAUUGACAAAGUGUAUGCCAAAGUUUAUUGGCAUUUACCCUCGGAACUCUUUAUGUCUUGCUGCAGAGGUAUCUGAAAAUGAGUAUAAUACAAUUUAAACUCAUUCUAAGUCCACUUUAUUUUGCCAGCCUGAGUAAGGAAGCUUUAGUUUAGGAGAGAAUCCUAUCCCAAGAAAUUCAGGUUAUUUUGAACCCCCAUGAUUUCAUAAGCCCAGCUGGCCCUGUUCUGCUCCAGUUGCAGGGAUGUAAAUAGGCAGUCUACCGGUUUGGCACCAGUGGAGUUCCCCAUGUUUACACAUGUGCAACCAAAAGCAGGAUUUGGUUAGAGAAUAUUUUUGUCUUUGUGGAGUGGUUUUAAAGGUUAGGGCUCAAGUGUUCCCUCUUUGCCUUCUCUUCUGAAACCUGAGGUCUGGUUUGAACUCAAUGUAGUUGCUGAGGCCACUAAUCAAAAUACGGCAUCCAAAUGUAUCUUGCAGAAAAAAAGAAAAGCAAAUAGAUUUCCAUCUGCGAAACAAAGAGCAGUGAUGGGAGCAAAAGCAGACAUGCUGUCCUGCAGCUGGUGGGGGAGGUCCCAUACGCUGGCUGCCCCUCCUUGCUGGAUGCUUUCUGUGUUUUCUGUUGGGAGGGGUAUUCUUUCCUUCCACACUUGGAAUUAGGGUGAUUUAUUUUCCUUCCUGCAAGUAAUAUUCUGCCAUAGUUGUGUAAUUUAUUGUCAUUCUCUUUGGCUUGCUAUCAACUGCUGGGAUCUUAAGACAAGAAACAGAAGCACUUAAAAGCAAAAUUGUUUCUUUCUGCUACACCUUUGGGUGGUGGGAAGCUCUUCUUUUGUAUGAGUGAAACAUAGCUGGAGACCUGACCGAGGUUCACCAAAUGCUUAGAGAUCUCUCCGGUCAUUGAGUCCUGAAGUAUCUCUCGGUUAAAACUUCUCAGUUUAAGUCUGGGUAAAUCUGUUAACUAGGAUGACUUACCGAGGCCAGGUUUAUGGAGUGGGCUGGAGCCAUUUGCCCCUCGGCAGCACAGCCUGGUACGGCAAACACUCUGGCAUCGCUUGCUGGGGAUGCUCCAGUGCUGUUGCGUGUCGUUCCCCUGCCCCAAUCCACCUCUGCUCAGCCACUCUCACAUGUGAAUGCAAAGCCAGGAGUAAAUAAUGUGUGCAUGUGGGGAAAGGGCUAAUAGCCCCAAAGGAGAAGAUUCAAAACAAAUUCCCAACUGGCCUUGCCAUGAAGGAGCAGGUAGAAAAAUCCCUCUGGGCUCUUUCCCAAUGGACCGUCCUACUAAACAACGUGUGAUUUGCUCCUCAUAUGAGGACUUCAGGCUGGACUCACCUGUCUGUUACCCUUUUCUGCUUUACUUUACUGGCACUGAUGUGUUUUUCCUUUGUAACUUGUUUUCCUCAGCUCCUUCCCCUUCUUUUUCUUUGCUUGCAGCUUUGAUUGUUGAUUUUUACCUCCAGAGUCACAGAGGCCAUCUCUGAUGCCAACAGCAGUGCUCUUGCUGGGAAAACAAAAACAAAUCCAGAAAACCUCCAGCUGGCCCCUUAGCCUGCAGAAGAAGUUGUGAGGACAGGCUGCCUGUGAACUCUGCGAGCUGAAAGUCAGUAUUGCAGUGGCAGGGGCUUCUGCCGCUGAUUUUGCAUGUGACUUCAUCCCCAGUGCAUCCUAACUUUCUGCUGGAUCCCCCCUUCUGCAGCACAAAAUGGCUAUUGGUCCCACGGCAUGGCUAGUGGGGAAGUAGGAGUGCGGGGAGAACCUGGCAGUGAUGCUUUCCUGAGACUGUGUUACUCUGCUGGUGACGUGUCUUCUGUCCUGGUUGCUGUUGUACAGGUGCCAUUAUAGUAGUGGGUGCAGAAAAAAAAGUAGGAUUUUACUUAUGCCUUGUGUGUCUGUUAUGGUUGUGGUGCUGAAAUAAAACCAAGCAAUGAUAGAGGUUUGUUCCUGAUAUGAAUCAAACCACAAAAAGGGGUGUCAGCCCACUGGUAGACAUCUCCAUGUAGUUCUGCAGUAGACAUUAGAUAGGGGGUUCUGCUGUGCAUGUGUCCUGCAUACCCCCAUGGCUAUUGACAGUAUUUUUUCUAUAACCAGUCUCCUUCUUCUGGGCCCCUGCCCGGCCCUGAGGGACUGAGGGACUUGUCCAAAGCUUUUCCCAGCCCCGGGAGCCCACACAGGCCCUGACCUCUGGCUUUUCUCCCCAAACCCACUGCAAACCAGAGCACAGACCUCCAGGGUGCCCCAGAAAUGCAGCGGCAGCUGGCCCUGAGGCUGCCCCUUCCUUAAGUGUGACCCUAUCUUUAGUGAAACAAGCGCCCAGGGAAAGCCAGAUAGCUUUCAGCCAUUGGUGAGCAGGGGGAAUAUUGUCCUUCGAUGUGAACUUGGCGUUAACUAGAUCAGAUAUAGGGAAACCUGUGCUAUUACUUCCCCUGUGAUAACAGCUCCAGCCCUGAGCAGUGCUGGGUGAGGACUACAUAAAAACACCAGACUGACUUUGCCAACAAGUUCAUGCGGACUGUAGCCUGUUGCUUUUGCUCUCUCCAAAGAGUCAGGGGAUUUAUCUACUGGCAAAAUAACAGUUUCUAGACUGAGCCCCGAGGUACAGAAGUAUCAUCCUUUCAGCAUGUGGAAAUUCUCAUUUAAUGGGAUUACGUGCAUUCUUGCUCCUGUGCAUAUUUAUCCGUCUGAAUUGGGGCCUGAAUGCAUCCCAGAAAUUAUUCAUGGGAAGGGAGUUUUGCCUUCGUUAUCAUGCUUAUUUGCACCAGAAACUUGAUGCUAAGAAUUACACUCAUUCAAGCAAAGAGCAGAAACACACACAGAGACUACAGCAUCCAAAGAAAACAGCAUCAAAACCAAACGUGGAGGAUUAGUUGGCAAAUUACUGUGAGCAAUGGCUGAGUGAGGAAAUGGCAACCUGCUCACAAACAUUGCACGAACAGAGUUUCCCCUGGUAAAUUAGUCAUUCCAGAUUUCUUGCCCAGCAGCAAGUUUACACAAUCCCUUGCGUUUUUCCCUGCAUCCCUGCAGCUGGGUCCUACCUUCCCAUCCUGUCCGCCGGGGUGGUCCGGUCUCCGUGACACGUGUGUGUGUGCGCGUGUGUGCACGUGUGUGUGUGUUGCGGCCCCAGGGAUCACAGAUCCUACCGGUGGGAGAUCAGGAGUUGGUUCAGGUUUUUUGGUCCGACUUUGCGUGGUUGGGUCAAAGCUGUGUAAAUAGUGUUUGUAACAGAGGAUAAAGGCUCUUUAUCCCAAACUCUGGUUUUCAAGACCCCUUCCCCACCAUGAACCGUGCCACUGAUCUGUCCAGUUAGCUAUUUUUUUCCUCCUCUUCAUAAAUGAUAAGGUCAGAAGAGCGGCUCUUACAUUUUUCCAUGUUCCAGAGUGGAAUCAGGGCAUGUACGCUCGUAAGCAUUGUGAAAAAACACUGCUGAACUAAUGAUGACAUCAGAUGUCAAAUAAAUGCAUGAUACUGCACUGCAUGUAUUAAACUGCUGUUCACUGUUUCUGUAUUUCCCAAGCCUUUUCUUUAUGCACAUUCAACCCAACCUUUCUUCGAGGGGUUUACUUCUAUGUUUUGCUUUUAAAUGACUCAAUGUAUCUGUAACUCAAAAUCCAUCGUUAAGUUUGAGUAAAUGCAAAUGUAAUGAUGUUUUGUAAACAAGAUACUGCAAAGCCUGGUAAUGUAUUUUGUCUUUCUGUUGAAUGCUCUGCAGCAUGUACAGGAAGAGUCACCGUCCAGAGCAGCUUAAAACUAUGCAGCAGUCAUGUACACACGCCUAGAAACAGGGAGUCAGGGAGGGGGGGUGUCCCUUUUUUAAUACAAUGCUUAAAAAUUUGAUCUGCAUCAAAAAAUCCUUCCCUGGAUUGCUAACACUCAGGACUACCAAGACGCAUGUUGGUGUGUCUGUUUUUUAUUUUUUUCAUUUGGAUCGUUUUUCUUAGUCAAAACUUAGACUGGUUCACUCAAUACUUAGUAUUUUUCUCUUCCUGCAAGAUAUUUCUUUCUCACCUGUUGCAGAAUGGACUGCAUUUUGGGGACCAAGAUGCUGCGAUUAUUUACCUGCACAAAACAGGGCAGAGAGCUGAGCUAAUUAUCCUAUCCUUUCCAAAGCAUCACCACCUAAAUCCUAGCAUGUAAUCCUUGAACCGCCGUGUAGUACCACCAUUUAUCUGCAGAAGAGUUUGGUGUGGUACUUUUCCUUCUUCCACAUGGAAAUCAUGCUCUUGCCUUCUCUUCCCUUAAUCAUUGACACAUUUUCAUUUGUGCUGGUCUUUCUAAGGCAGGGCAGGGUACAGGAUGGCCACAUGGUACUUUUAGUACCUCCAGCCCAAUCCUCUUGUGGGCAUCGACAGGGCAAUGGUCCCAGUUCCUGAGCAGUUGCUGCAUUAGCGUGGAAGAUGCUCAAGUUCCCAAUACUCCACACAGAGCCAUCUGAAAGAGCUGGGAAAUUGCUCUGGGCUCCUGGUAAGGGCAUGCCAAGCAGCAGGGCUGGAGAGAAAGCACCAUGCUGGUGGCAUAGGGAACAAGUAUCAGUCCUUGUCAAUUAUGCAAGGGACUGCUCCACGGUGGCUGAAAGCACCAAGUCUUGAGCCCACCUUCAAGGCUGGUGCUCAGCCAGGAUGCUGUGCCAUUGCUGAAGUGCUACAUGGCAGCAUAAAAAAAUCAUCAUUAAUAAUGGUUGUAAAUCAGCCUGAGUUCAGAUUGCAGAGGCAGCACGUGGUGCAAGGCUCCAUGAGGAAGUGGACGUGCGCUGUGGUUCCUGGUGGGUGGAAGUUCUUAGGGGGAUGCUCAGGGUAGCUCCAAGCUUUUCCAUCUCUCGUCUGCAUCCCCUGAGCCCAGCAUGGCAUCACACAUGCUAUGUCUUACUAGCACAAGCUGUAGCAUGACCCCCAAAGUGAAGAGCAUGGAAGGUUGUAGCUCAGUGGGAGAUACGGUGUGACUCAUGUUUCUGGUCAACACAAUGUCAACAUCCUGUUGUACAUUGGCCUCUAGUUGAGAAACAGCAUUUUGGUCAGUUUGGGCCUUUUUUUAGGUAGAUAUUUUAUUUGGGUCAGCAAACAAUGAAAAGAAGCCCAGUCUGCCCAGUCUAGUGACUCCCUAAAUAUCCCCAACUGCAAAACAUCUCUCGGUUGACUUUUAAUGAAAAUGCAAGCAUGUUUUCUACAAAGGCUUAAAUCUUAAUCAAGGAAUGUCAGUGUGCCUAAUAUUGCAGGUCUUGUGAUUGAUACAAGUUCAUAACAGCAUCCAUGUCCAAACAGAAGGGAGAAUGUGUAUUUACUCCAUGCAUGUAUUAAGGCAUUGCAAAAGUUUUAUCCGCAUAAUGAGUUUGCAAUACUGCAAAUUGUUGAUGGGGCUACAUCGCAAGUGGUUCUCUGCCUUGACAAUCAUGUAUACAUAUCGAGAUUUCUAUCAUAAUGACAAUUUAAAGGGAUGACUAAUUGUUUUCCUCCAAUAAAUCCAAUUAAAUCACCCUG